CUGGCAUUCAGGAACCAGGCCAAGUACUUCUUGUCCAUUGCUGACCGCACAUUUCGUUAUCAUAACAGCUUCAUCUUUGUUGUUCUCAAUAUCUGGCAAUGUCAACAAGCUCAUCUUCAUACAUCUUUCACUGUUGGCAAGUCCAACUUCAAUGUUGUGGCAUGUAGACCAACAAAUGUGACACCACCUCUUCUUGAAUGCAUAGCUUAUAAGCUCGAACAUGAGGGCAAAUUGUUGAAUCCUUCUGCUGAUGAACAUCAGGCAUUUGAGCUUCUCCAGCAAGUCAACACUCUGUCUGCUCAUGUCCCUGGGUCCCAAGCCUCCAAGAUUCAUGUGAGGAAUGAGAUUCGUAAUUACUAUGGUUAUUUUGGACUACCACAUAUUUUUUUUACCUUCAAUCCAAGUCCAGCUCAUAGUCCCAUCCUACAGGUGAUGUACAAAGACAAAUCCAUCGACUUGAGUCAUCGCUUUCCUGUCAUGCUUAGUGGCUGCGAACAUGCUCUUUGCCUUGCCCAAGACCCUGUUGCAGCUGCUGAUUUCUUCGAAUUCUCUUACCACAUAUUAUUUUGGCAUUUGUUCAGAUGGGACUUUGACAUCAAAUGCUCCACACCAAAGGGCAGCAUUAUCAGGUUUAUUUAUGCUUUCUAUGGCAUGAGUGAG